CUCUGCCUCUUGUAUGUUGUGGACUUUCUACCAGCAGUGCUGCGGGCGAGAGUGGCUGGAAGUUGGGAGAAUACAACUAGCAAGUGUCCUGCCCUGACAAAAAACAGUUUUUUUGGGGGAAUACUCUCGAACGCUUGUGUGUAAAAGUCGACAGGCUUUUGACUGCAGGAGGCAAGGAUGGCCAUGCAAAUGGGUGAGCUCGAUAGAGGCGUCACAAAAGUAACAGAGUGGCAAGAGAGGAGGUAUGAGAUCGACUCAGGCAUCCAGUCUGGAGCCAACACCGUCAGAGAUGAUGAUGGCGAAUUCACCGCCUCCAAGCAGUACACCGUGACCACUGUCACAACAGAACCGGCAGACUCCCAAUACGUGUUGACCAGAGCCCAGCGGGUGCGUGCUGCCAUGUUCCCAGAGACGCUGGAGGAAAGCACGACCGUCUUGACUACUACCCAAACAGAUCCGUCCCAGAUGACCAACGUGCAGCGACUGGCAGAGCCUUCCCAGAUGCUUAAGGCAGCCAUUAUUCAUCUGAUCAACUACCAAGAUGACGCCGAGCUGGCCACACGUGCCGUGCCUGAACUCACCAAACUGCUCAACGAUGAAGAUCAGGUGGUGGUCAGCAAGGCAGCUCAGAUUGUCAACCAGCUGACACGCAAGGAGGCGUCCCGCCAUGCGCUGAUGCAGUCGCCACAGGUGGUGUCUGCAGUGGUCCGAGCCAUGCAGAACACCAGUGACAUGGAGACAGCCAGGGUCACAGCCAGCAUCCUUCACAACCUCUCCCACAAAAGAGAGGGUCUGCUCUCCAUUUUCAAGUCUGGGGGCAUCCCAGCACUUGUCCGCAUGCUCAGCUCUCCUGUGGAAUCGGUGCUCUUCUAUGCCAUCACAACACUCCACAACCUCCUCCUACACCAGGAGGGAGCCAAAAUGGCUGUUCGUCUGGCUGACGGCCUGCAGAGGAUGGUUCCCCUUCUGAAGAAAAGCAACCCCAAGUUUUUGGCCAUCACGACGGACUGUUUGCAACUGCUGUCCUACGGCAAUCAGGAGAGCAAGCUCAUCAUCCUCGCUAACGGGGGUCCUGAGGGUCUUGUUCACAUCAUGAGAAACUACAACUAUGAGAAGCUGCUGUGGACCACCAGUCGUGUGCUCAAAGUCCUAUCUGUGUGCCCCAGCAACAAACCCGCCAUUGUAGAGGCUGGUGGGAUGCAAGCUCUGGGUAAGCACCUGACUGGCUCUAGCCAGCGUCUGAUGCAGAACUGCCUGUGGACACUCAGGAACUUGUCUGAUGCUGCCACCAAGCAGGAGGGAAUGGACAGCCUGUUGCAGGUGUUGGUCAACCUGCUGAGCUCAGACGACAUCAACAUGCUCACCUGUGCCACCGGGAUCUUGUCCAAUCUCACAUGCAACAAUGCCUACAAUAAAACUCUGGUCACCCAGAGCAACGGCGUGGAGGCGCUGAUCCACGCUAUACUGCGCGCUGGCGAGAAAGAGGAUGUGACUGAACCCGCCAUCUGCGCCCUGCGUCACCUGACUUCACGCCACCAGCAGGCUGAGGUGGCACAGAACGCAGUGAGGAGACACUAUGGCAUCCCCGCCAUUGUUAAGCUGCUGAACCAGCCGUACUACUGGCCUGUUAUCAAGGUGGUGGUUGGCCUGAUCCGUAACCUGGCUCUGUGCCCAGAGAACCAGGCUCCACUGAGGGACGCAGGAGCCAUCCCUCGCCUGGUCAACCUGCUGCUCAAAGCCCACCAGGAUGCCCAGAAGCAUGGCUCGUCCAACCAGCAGACAUACCAGGAUGGAGUAAGGAUGGAGGAGAUCGUGGAGGGCUGCACGGGAGCUCUGCACAUCCUGGCCAGAGAUCCUGCCAACAGAGCAGAGAUCGCUAAUCUGCAGACCAUUCCUCUCUUUGUUCAGCUUCUCUACUCACCGAUGGACAACGUGAAGCGUGUGGCGGCUGGCGUGCUGUGUGAGCUAGCUCUGGACAAACAAUCAGCUGAGGCCAUCGACAGCGAGGGAGCAUCUCCUCCGCUGAUGGAACUGCUGCACUCCAACAACGAGGGCAUCGCGACUUACGCUGCCGCUGUCCUCUUCCGCAUCUCCGAGGAUAAGAACGCCGAGUACAAGAAGAGAGUUUCCAGGGAGCUCACGCACACCAUGUUCAAGCACGACCCUGCCGCCUGGGAGAUGGCCCACAACAGCGUCCCGCUUGAUGUACCCUACCAAGACGAGCUGGACGCUCCUUUCCAAAACUAUGGAGGCUACGGAGGUGACAUACCCAUGGACGGCGUGGACGGCGUGAUGCAUGACGAUUUCGGCGUCAACAUGCCCUACGACCGACAACCGCAGUUUGAGCCUUAUUAAAGACCCUGGAGGAGAGAUGAAGGUGGUGGAUAAAGUUGGCUGAGAAUCCGCAAUGGAGCAAAGAAGAUCUUGAUUCCCUCUGCAUCUGUGUACCUUCUUAUAUGUAAUAUAUACAACUAUCAAUGAGUAUGGGACUCCUAAUCCUAACAUGUGUUUUUAUAGCCUAAUGUUGAUGAUCAUCAUUUACACAAAGACAGUGCUUGUAGGUUUGGGCUUGAAAAACCUUCUAAGGUUCUGUGUGUGUGUGUGUGUGUGUGUGUGUGUGUGUGUGUGUGUGAGUGCGUGUGUGUGCGUACGUGUGCUUCAGCUUCCGGGUGGGUCAUCUAUGCCAAAGAGAUUUUACGUUGUGAAGAUCACAUAGCUUCCUUUUUUUUUCUUGUACUUUUUAGAGAGAGGACUAGUUGACAACGGUGCCACAGGUGGAUCAUUAACGCCUUUAAAAGACACGAGCGCCUGUGCGGUAGUUUCCAUAAGAAAUUGUCAACUUUCUCCUGCUGUAACCCCAAACUAUCUGACACACGGUGCUUUUUUUGCGACACAACUAAGGAGACUCGCCUUUGGAGAGGGAAGGAAGUGUUGCUAGCAAGGUGGUUGGUGUCUGGAGUUGUCACAUUUUAUUUGUAUUUUUUUUUACAGGGAAAAAGGAUUGCAUAGUUUGCUUAGCCAGGAUUAUAAUUGUCAAUUUUAACCAAAAGUAAGAGCUUGUGUGUGUCUUUAACUAUUUACUAUUUUUAUGUCAAAACUCUGAUUGAGGCGUUGGCUCAACAGAUUGACUGAUUUCUUUCUUGUGGAUUUAAUAUCGUCACGGGGACGCCAGCUGGAGGAAAAAAAAACUACUGACAGGGAAAUUUGUACUUACUAAGAGUUUUUACUGAAAUUUUGCUAAAUAAAAAUAAAGGAUAUAUUAAACCUA